AUCAUCUCAUAGGAUUUUGGAUAUGGUGUAUUGUCAUGGAUCUCCAGUAGUAACCAUCAAAAUAAAGUAACGCUCUGUCCCGACAUUCCGAGAAUAAUCGAAAAUGCGUUGAAGAAUGGGGCAUCUAUCGCGCUCGUGUCGGGACAUGAUAGCAAGGGUGGACCGAGUGCUAUACUACUUCCAUGCCACCGAUCCAAGGGAUAACCAACAGAAAUCCAUCAUAAAGAUGAAUCCAAGACCAAGCACUUUAAGCGCAUCCAAGGAUGGAGCAAAUACGCAUACGAGGACAUGGUAUGAUAUUCUUUUGUCCGGUUUGCACGUAUCUAAGCUCCUGCAGGGCGUCCUUGUCCGUCACACAGAUCCAGGAGGGCUCACUUGGGAGCAAUAUGAACAAGGGAUCAAGGUCUGGUGCGCAGAGCACGAUGUUAAUCCUGUUACACCGCCUCCAGGCAACGAGAACGUACUCGAGAUUGCGCAUUUCAACGACAUAUACCAGGUUUCUAACCAGAAGCUCAAUGUCAACGGCAAGGAAGAGAACAUCGAUGUGGCGAAGUUCACCACUUUAUGGUCCAACGCAUCCAGGACGGAUUGACCAUUUUUUUCCGGCGACACCUUCUCCCCGUCUUACCAAAGUUCAACCGCCAGAGGAAAGCAUAUGGUGAUGGGACAUCCGUUCUAUGCUUCUUCAACAAUGCUCAUUGUGACGUACGUCAGACUGGUCACGAGUCUAAGGGAGGUCCCCAUCGAGAGGGUUAUGAACGCUUCCAUCGUUCGAGCUCGGCUUAAGCCAAGCCUUAUCUCCGUA